UCAGAGCGGCGACAGAGCCCUCGCAGACAGAGUUGAACGAUGGAGGGUUUUUGUGUGUUUGAAUUUUAGGCCUGCCCACUCAGUGUUCAUUUCUGAUCAGCAUUUUCGCCAAAAACCCGCCAUUCAUUCCCACCCUUUUACUCUAGUCCCUCCAAAUUCCCUCUGUGACGCCAACCGCUCACAUUGCAACCAUACGCUUUCUUUAUUCUUGCCCUCUUUGCUAGGGUUUCAUCUAUUGGUCUCCAUUUCCAUUCCAUUGCCGGAGAGCUCAAUGGUCACUCCAAAGGAACUCCUAUCCACACUCGAAUCAGCACUUCUCGGCCCCUCGCAUCCUUCUGCCGCUCAGAGGGUCGAGCUCUUGCAUGCGAUUCGCAGCUUACUUCCCUCUUUUCGUUCUCUCCUCUCCUAUCCGCCUCCAAAGCCCUCUGAUCGAAGUCAAGUACAAUCAAAAUCAGUUAGACUUCCGGAUUCUCCGCCUCUCUCUCUCGAUGAACAGGAUGUACAGAUUGCUCUCAAGUUGAGUGAUGACCUCCAUCUCAAUGAAAUUGACUGUGUUCGAUUGCUUGUUUUGGCUAAUCAAGAGUGGGGUUUAAUGGGAAGAGAACCGCUAGAAAUUGUGCGCCUUGCAUCAGGACUCUGGUAUACUGAAAGAAGGGAUUUAAUAACAUCUCUCCAUUUGCUGUUUAGGGCUGUGGUUCUUGAUCAAGGCUUGGAAGAAGAUUUAUUGUCUGACAUUCAGAAAUACUUGGAAGAUCUCAUAAACUCUGGACUUAGACAACGUUUCAUAUCUCUAAUUAAGGAACUUAAAAGAGAAGAACCAUCUGGCUUGGGUGGACCUCUGUCUGAGCGCUACCUUCUUGAUUCAAGAGGUUCCCUUGUGGAGCGGCGAGCUGUGGUUUCAAGAGAAAGACUUAUACUUGGACAUUGUCUUGUCCUUUCUGUUUUGAUUGUUCGGAUGAGUUCGAAGGAUGUAAAAGAUAUCUUUUCUGCUUUAAAAGAUAGUGCUUCCGAAGUCGGUGAGAAAAAUGAUACUGUCAAUCAUCAGAUAACCUUUAGUCUUUUCUUUUCUCUUGUGAUUGCAUUCGUCUCAGAUGGUUUAAGUACUGUGCCUGAUAAAGCAUCUAUCCUUUCCUCUGAUGCUUCCUUCAGACGAGAAUUCAAUGAAAUUGUAAUGGCUGCUGGAAACAAUCCAAUGGUUGAGGGCUUUGUUGGUGGCAUUAGGCUUGCUUGGGUGGUACAUUUGAUGUUAAUACUAGAUAGAAUUGCUUCAAGGGAGUCGAUUUCAAGCAGUUCAUCAAAUGAAAUGGGUUAUCUUAGUCAAGGCUUGGAUGUCAUUUUCUCAGAAAAUGUCUUUCAGUUUUUACUGGAUAAAGUUCUUCGUACUGCAGCCUACCAGAAUGAUGAUGAGGAUAUGAUUUAUAUGUUCAAUGCUUAUCUUCACAAGUUGAUUACUUGCUUCUUGUCUAAUCCACAUGCCAGAGACAAGCAGAUAAAAGAAUCCAAGGACAGGGCCAUGAGUAUGCUUAGUCCAUAUCGUGUUGGUGGAUCACAUGAUUUUGUGCAGGAGCAGAGCUCAAGUUCUCUGCAGGGCACUGAAGCCAGCCCAACACCAUUUGUUUCCAUCUUGGAGUUUGUUAGUGAAAUUUAUCAGAAAGAACCAGAGCUCUUGUCUGGAAAUGAGGUUUUAUGGACAUUUGUAACUUUUUCUGGAGAGGACCAUACAAAUUUUCAAACGCUUGUGGCUUUCCUGAAUAUGCUGAGCACCUUGGCGUUGAGUCAGGAAGGUGCCUCAAAAGUUUAUGAGUUACUGCGAGGGAACGCAUUCCGUUCAAUUGGGUGGAGCACUUUGUUUGAAUGCUUAGCAAUCUAUGAUGAGAAAUUUAAACAGUCCCUUCAGACUGCUGGGGCAAUGUUGCCUGAAAUUCAGGAGGGGGAUGCAAAAGCUCUUGUGGCAUAUUUGAAUGUUCUUAUGAAGGUUUGA